AUGGCUGGCAUGAACGAAGACCAUGAAGACAACGCUGACGCCGGUCGUCCAGAUUCGUGGAUCGAGAUCUCCUCUCAACCUUCGUCAUCGUCGCUCUCCUCGGCCGCCGACGAGAUCGUAACCACGGGUCUUCGUGUCCACCAAAUGCCAGCCUCAUAUCGUCGGAGACGCCAAAGACCUGGUCGACCCUCGCGACUCAACAUCGCCAGUCGUGCUGGAAGUGCCGGCGCUGCCAGCAGUCAAGAAGAAUAUGAAGAGAGCGAGAGCGACGACGAUCAGGUCAUAACCUCGUCGGGUGAAGGACUCACACUGUCUGCCAACCAUGCCAGAGAUGCCAUGGUCGAGUCUUCGGACGAUGACGAGAACAGAACAGCCGUCAAUUACCCCAUCAACAACGACAAUGUUUUCACGCCCCAGCCGAACGCUUUCUCUCAUCCGUCCAGCCAUUCUGCCAGACAUGCCAGUCAACCUGUCCCAGGCUCGUACUUUCCUGCUCAACCAGAACGUCGUCAUUCAGCCAGGCACUCGUACCCUUCUCGUGCAGGAGCCAGAGUUCAACACUCACCCUUCAAUAUGCUCUCGCCGAACCACAACGCAGCCGCUGACCACGAAGCUGCUCUCCGUGCCAGUCUUUCUACUCUGCAAUCCUUUGCUGCCGCUGCUCGUGGACUGCCCAAGUCAAACUCUCGCAGUACAGCUGACGCCGCUCCCCCAGCCCCAAACAGGAUUCAGCCAAAUACGCUGCGAAUGGUACCUGCCUCUGCCCUCGAUAACAACUCACCCCUGCUAGCUCCAGUCGCCGAACCGACAUUCAAGCCAACCAUCCGCCGUGCAUCUACCUCCACUUCCGCCUCUGCCGAAGUUCAUUCCACGAAAUCGGAAGCCAAGCGGAAAGGCGCCUCUGGUCGCGGCUCAUCCAAAGAACGUAGACUAAUCAAGAAACGCCGCAACUCUGGCGUUGUCUAUGGUGCCGACGACAUGACUGUCAGCCCUACGCUCUUUACCUGGGUCGUCAGUGUGGGCGUGGUGGUCGUGUUCAGUGCCAUCAGUUUUUCUGCUGGUUACUCCAUGGGUAAGGAAGCUGGCAGAUUUGAGGCUGCCACUGGCGAGGGAGCUACGGCUUGCGCACGAGAAGCCGGCAAGAGCGGUCUAGGAUUUAGAAAAUCCAGACUGUUCAGCAUUGCGUCGAGCGUUGGUGUCGGUGCUUGA